AUGGCGGCAAAAGCGACGGGCAUUGAAAGCAUCCAUGAGGUUGGGCCGGGGGAGAGUUAUAAAGCGAGUGAUGGACUCGAAGGUGUAGGUGGAGGGAGUGGGAGUAUGGAGAUGAGAGGCGAGAAUGUGGUUGAUGAGGCGGUGUUGGAGCAGGGCAUUGAGGCUUUGGAGGGGAGAGGGAAGAAAUGGUAUGCUUAUUUGAUGACACGGGAUUUCUGGUUAGUGCUUGUUAUUGGACAAGUCCUAGCUCUCUGCAUAACAGCAACAAACACUUUCUCCACCCUCCUCGUCAACAAAGGAACCUCCAUCCCAGCCUUCCAAACCCUUUUCAAUUACGUCCUGCUCACUGCUCUCUAUACCACUUACACCAUCUAUAAAUACGGCGCGAAGAAGUAUUUCAAGCUCCUGCUGGUCGAUGGCUGGAAGUAUGUUAUUCUGAGUUUUAUGGAUGUCGAGGGCAAUUAUUUUACCGUGCUUGCUUAUCGCUAUACGAAUCUACUUUCCGCCCAACUGAUCAAUUUCUGGUCUAUAAUCUGCGUUGUUAUAGUAUCUUUCUUACUUUUGAGAGUCAGAUAUAAGUGGGCGCAAAUCUUGGGGAUUCUUAUUUGCUGCGGUGGUAUGGGAUUACUUCUUGCUUCUGACCAUAUAACCUCCGGCUCUGGCGACUCGACCCCAACCCAAGUAAAAGGCGACAUCUUCGCCCUGAUCGGCGCCACCUUCUACGGCCUCUCCAACGUCUUCGAAGAAUGGUUCGUAUCUAAGCGUCCCAUGUACGAGGUACUAGGAAUGCUAGGCCUAUUCGGUAUAAUCAUCAACGGCCUCACGGCCGCGAUUUUCGACCGUGAUAGUUUCAGGACCGCGACGUGGGAUGGCCAGGUUGGGGGGUAUAUCGUGGGGUAUACGCUUGCGUUGGGGAUUUUCUAUUCGCUGGCGCCAAUUAUCCUGCGCAUGGCAUCCGCAGCAUUCUUCGACAUCUCACUCCUAACGGGCAAUUUCUGGGGUGUGAUUAUCGGCAUCCAGGUCUUCGGAUACACCGUCUACUACCUGUACCCCAUUGCGUUUGUCAUGAUUGUCCUCGGCCUGGUGGUCUAUUUCCUGGCUGGCAGUAUGUUGGGCGAUAGUCGGAAGCCUUGGUUGGGACGCUAUCAGGAGGAUGGUGUGGCCGGGUGGGGGACCGCGAAGAGGAAGGCUAUUAUGGAGGCGAGGAGGGAGGGCGCUGUUGCUGGGGGUGAGGGGAGUGUUUAG